UACGCGGUCUCUGAACUGCUUUCAAGGCUUCUGGGGUUUGUCACGAUGAAGCACUUCCUUAAUGGUGUCAGUGCGGCUGCGCUGGCUUGCUUGACUAUUGCUGCAAAUGCCAGGGCUGUUGGGUAUCGAUCGCCCACGGACUUCAUUGUACCGUACAAGAGACAAGCGCUGCAAGAUAUUGUCACUUGGGACAAGGACACGAUCUUCAUCAAUGGCGAGAGGCUCUUCCUCUACAGCGGAGAGGUUCAUCCUUAUAGACUUCCGGUCCCAGAUCUAUACAUCGACAUAUUCCAGAAAAUCAAGGCUCUGGGAUAUAAUGGUGUCUCAUUCUAUGUCGACUGGGCAUUGCUCGAGGGCAAGCCUGGCGAGUACCGUGAGGAAGGUGUAUUUGAUCUGAAGCCUUUCUUCGAUGCUGCAAGCGAGGCAGGCAUCUAUCUGAUUGCGCGCCCCGGGCCGUACAUCAAUGCGGAAGUCUCAGGCGGAGGCUACCCAGGAUGGAUUCAGCGCGUCAAGGGUAUCUUGCGAACGCGCGCGGAGGACUACCUCAAUGCAACUGACAACUACAUGGCAAACGUCGGCAAGACCCUGGCCGCAGCCCAGAUCACCAACGGCGGGCCAAUCAUCCUGGUCCAGCCCGAAAACGAGUACACAAACUCCAAGGAAAAGCCGUUCCCAGAUGGCUACUACAUGCAAUAUGUCGAGGACCAGAUCCGCAAUGCAGGCGUCGUGGUACCUCUGAUUAGCAACGAUGCUAAUAACGGAGGCCACAAUGUGCCCGGGUCUGGCGAAGGUGCUGUGGAUAUCUAUGGCCACGAUGGAUACCCGCUUGGCUUUGACUGCUCGAAUCCAGAGGUUUGGGGCGAUCAACAACUUGUCACGGACUGGUAUAGUGUGCACCUACAGCAGAGCCCGAAUACGCCCUACUCGAUUAUGGAGUUCCAGGGCGGCUCGUAUGAUCCGUGGGGUGGGCCUGGUUUUGAUAAGUGCCUCCAGCUUGUCAACGCAGCGUUCGAGCGCGUCUUCUACAAGAACAUCUACACGUUCGGGGUAACCAUUUUCAACAUCUAUAUGACAUUCGGUGGGACCAAUUGGGGCAAUCUUGGCCACCCGGGAGGAUACACUUCGUACGACUAUGCCGCGCCCAUUGCAGAGGAUCGCCAGGUCAACCGCGAGAAGUACUCCGAGCAGAAGCUCCAAGCGAACUUCUUCAAGGUCUCACCCGCGUAUCUGACUGCUUCUCGGGGCGCCCGUUCGACGACGCAAUGGACGAACAACCCGGCCAUCACGGUCACGGAUGCGACAAAUAACAGCACGAAGUUCUACUUUGUACGCCACACCACCUACAACACCUUAGACUCGGCAACCUACAAGCUCACCAUCCCGACAUCUGCUUUCGGCAACACUACAAUUCCGCAGUACAAUGGGACUAGUCUUACUCUUAACGGCAGGGACUCCAAGAUCCACGUCAGCGACUACGAUAUGGGCGGCACAACACUCGUCUACUCUACUGCGGAGAUCUUCACUUGGCACAAGUACGAUGACCGGACAGUCCUCGUCGUGUACGGUGGUCCGGGCGAGACGCACGAACUUGUCAUUGGAGCGACAGGUCUAGAUGUGCUUGAGGGCGACAUCAAGUCUACUUCCACGAAGGGCUACACGCUGCUCAAUUUCCAGGCUGAUGGCACGAGGAAGGUUGCCAAGGUUGGAGUAGACAAGAACUUCAUCUACGUAUACAUGCUCGACCGCAACUCUGCCUACAACUACUGGUCCAUCGACCAAGACCCUCAUUCCAAUGCGGACGCCAUCAUCCUCAAAGCCGGCUACCUGGUUCGCACCGCGUCCGUCGACGGCUCCACGCUCGCCCUCACCGGCGAUCUAAAUGCCACCACCUCCCUCGAGAUCCUCGGCGGCGCGCCCUCCCCCCUCUCCAAACUCACCUUCAACGGCGCCGAGCUCGACUUCGAUACCACAGACGAGGGCGUCGUCACCACCACCCUUGGCUUCACUGCCCCAUCCCUCAGCCUCCCCGACCUCAGCAAGCUCUCCUGGAAGUACAUCGACUCGCUCCCCGAAAUCCAAUCCGCGUACGACGACUCCGCGUGGAAAGCUGCCGAUCUGAAGGAAACGUACAACUCCCACCGCGCGCUCAACACGCCGACCUCGCUGUACGGCUCCGACUAUGGCUUCCACACGGGGACCCUCGUGUACCGGGGCCACUUCACCGCCUCAGGCGCCGAGACAUCUUUCUUCAUCAUCACGCAGGGCGGCGCCGCGUACGCCGCGUCCGUGUGGCUCGACGCUACCUUCCUGGGUUCCUACCGGGGCGCAAAAGGCGUUGAUUUUGCAAGCUCCAACUUCAGCAUCCCGUCCACCCUGGCUGGCAACACUACACACGUUCUGACGGUGCUGGUGGACAACCAGGGACUGGACGAGAACUGGACCGUCGGCGACGAGACGACCAAGAACCCCCGCGGCAUCAUGGACUUUGCUCUCUCGGGGCGCGCGAAGAGCGACGUGGCGUGGAAAAUCACCGGAAACCUCGGCGGCGAGGCGUACGUCGACAAAUCGCGCGGCCCGCUCAACGAGGGCGGGCUCUUCGCCGAGCGCCACGGCCUCCACCUCCCCGGCGCGCUCUCCGCCUCCGCCGCGGCGUGGACCAACUCCAAGGGGCCCGUGGCAGACGGGCUCAGCAGGCCCGGCGUCGGCUUCUUCGGCGCCGAGUUCGACCUCGACAUCCCUGGCGGCUGGGACGUGCCGCUGUCAUUCACCUUCACCAACACGACGGGGAAUGCGCACCGCGUGCUGCUGUACGUGAAUGGGUGGCAGUACGGCAAGUAUGUGAGUAACAUCGGCCCGCAGACCAAGUUCCCUGUGCCGCAGGGGAUUUUAAAUCACGCGGGGACGAAUUACCUGGGGGUGGCGGUGUGGGCGCUGGAAGGCGGGGAGACGAAGCUGGGGGGGUUGAGCUUGGGCGCGGAUGCGGUUAUUGCUACGGGGCUGGGGAAGGUGGGUAAUGUAGAUGGGGACACGUACGAGGCGAGGAAGGGGGCGUACUGA